AUGGCCACCGACGAGUCAGAUCUCCCCUCCAAGUCCGUGCUGGACCGUCUUAAUGACUGGGGCACCGCAUCACUCCCGCCCUCCCUCCUCGCCACCCUCAUCCUCGCCCUGCAUGGCCGUCCCAUGCAGGCCCUCCCGCUCUUCACCUUCACGCCCGCGCUGCUGUUCUCCUCCUAUCUUAAUCUCUCGGGCUAUCCCACCGGUAGCGCCGGGAUGACGGCCGCGUGGUCCGGCCUUUACGCCCUGCUGGCCCUCCGUCGCCGCCAGCCUAUGCGUGCCAAGUUGUCCAUCCGCGGAGUUGUCCGCGGAACGGCAAUCGGCCUCGGAACGGCCAACUGCAUCGCCGGAGGCUGGGUGUACUUUAACGGUGAUUUCAACAAGGACGCCGAGGAGCGUGUUGACCGUAACCGCUGGGGAAACUAUGAUUGA